AGCGUCCCAGGCAGUACAUCUCGAGACCGCCGUUAGUGCCUCGUCCCCCUCACUUCACAGCAACACGUUCCACCCGGCAUCUCCACCACAGCAGCAUCGCCAUGAGGUUGUCCACGGCUUUCCGUAGUGCGUGUCGGAACCUCCCGGUGGGUCCAGGCCACGCGCCGCCCCGGCACGGCGCCCGUCUGCUCGGUACACAGAGGAGUUCCAUGCCACUUCGAGUCGGGAGGCACCGCGUCCCCGCGCGUGAUGCCAGCACAGGCAGCGGCCGAACACCUGAAGCGGCGGUAAAGUUCAGGAAACAGCCCGCGAGCAGACAUGGAUCUACCGGCGAACACGCCAUCAGGGAGGUGAUCCAUCAAAGCAAACAGGAGCUGGCCCAACUCUGCCAAGAGAACACAGCAAUCAAACCCGUGCUUGCCAUUAUACAGGCAGCUGAAGAUGACCAUUUACUGGAGAUCAACAAGAAGAUGGCGGCCAAGGUUGGGUUGAGCAUCAUGGACAUCAGCCUGCCAAGAGCCUGUACAGAGGAUGAGAUCCUUGAGGAGGUUCUGAGGCUGAACGAGGACUCUACGGUCCACGGCGUUUACCUGCACCUGCCCCCGUCCUCCCUCUCCCCACGCCUGCGCAACAGCCUGAGACCAGACAAGGAUGUAGACGGGGUGUCUGAUGUGAACGUGGGGCGCGUGGUUGGGGGAGGGCGGAGCCAAACCUUCACCCCGCCUUUGGCCAGAGCUGCCUUGGAACUGCUGGCCAGACAUGAGGCGUCUCUGGAGGGAAAGACCGCCGUGAUCCUGGGAGGUGAAGGACCCCUGGGGGCGUCCCUGCAGUGCCUGAUGGAAAAAGCGGGCCUGGCGGUUCUGAAAUGUCAGCCGGAGACCAGUUUCACCACAGCUCUGCAGAGACAGCUGCUGGAGGCGGACGCCGUGGUCCUUUUGGGGGCGUCGCCCUCACCCCGACUGCCCAGCUGCCUGAAGCCUGGAGCGGCCGUCAUCUCCUGCAGUCCCGACCAAUCAGAGCCCUUAGCGGAAGCUGAGUGUUUGGGCGUGAGCUCCUGGGCUGAAGUGUCCCGGCUGAGUGCUGCCUUCAGGAUGCAGAACGUAGUCCAGAGCUGUGGGCGGUGGGCGGAGCGUCAGCGGUAUCAGCCCUGGAGACUCCGCCCCCUCAAGCUGCAGCCGCUCUCACCUGUGCCCAGUGACAUCGCCAUCUCUCGGGCCCAGAGCCCUAAGCCCAUUGGUCAGUUGGCCGAGGAGAUCGGACUUCUGCUGGAGGAGUGUGAGCUGUACGGACGAUCCAAGGCCAAGGUGCGCCUCUCUCUACUGCAGCGCCUUCAAGAGCAGCCCAACGGCAAAUACAUCCUCGUCGCUGGGAUCACUCCUACUCCGCUGGGUGAGGGGAAGAGUACGGUGACCAUCGGACUGGUUCAGGCCCUAACUGCUCAACUGAGGCUUAACUCCUUCGCCUGUCUGAGGCAGCCUUCACAAGGACCCACCUUCGGAGUCAAGGGGGGAGCAGCAGGGGGAGGUUAUGCCCAAGUCAUCCCUAUGGAGGAGUUCAACCUCCACCUGACUGGCGACAUCCAUGCCAUCACCGCAGCCAAUAACCUGCUGGCAGCAGCCGUCGACGCCCGCAUUCUACACGAAGGCUCCCAAUCAGAUAAGGCCCUGUAUAACCGUCUGGUGCCGUCGGUGAACGGAGUCCGGUGCUUCUCCCCCAUCCAGCUGGACAGGCUGCAGCGUUUGGGCAUCAGAAACAGGUUUUAUUGGCCAAGUAAGUUUAAGCACAAGCAAGGAAUUUGA